AUGCGGCGUCUUGACUGGCAGGGUCACCGCUCCUUCAUCGAGGAGCUCUAUAGGAAGUAUCCCCUCAAGGUGCUGAAACCUAUCAUGGAGACACAGUAUGGCUUCAAAGCAUCGGAGAAGAUGUAUAAGAAACAUCUCAAAUCUUGGGAUCUCGGCAAAUACAUCCCAAAUAAAGUGAUGAAGGCCAUCGUCAUCAUCGCUAGGCGGCGUCUGCGAUUGUAUAACAAAAAGACAAUAUUCAUAGUUCGUGGCCAACUGCUCCCAUACCACAAACUGAACCGCUGGAUUCGUCGUCACCCGGACGAGACUAUAGACCCGGAAAACGAAGAGCCAGUGGCGACUCCUAAAAACGUCAAGUACAUGACACCGGAGCCUGAACUUCCCCAGAAUUUAAGCUUACCUUCCGUCCCAUCGGCAACCAAUUCGGCUGUCAACGAGGAACGAGCCUCGGGCAUGCCUGUCACAAAUCAUUUUGAGGCCCCUCAGGCCUCUACCUGUCCUCCAACGAGGGCUGUUCAUCCCUAUGAGCCUGGCUCAACCUGGCCCCAAAACUCUACAACCUAUUCCACUGCCGGUCCCUCGGAUCACCACGUUGAGACAUUCAUCCCCAAUGCUUUCUCGGGCCCGCAAGUGCCGGCUUCCCUUAACAGCAUUGCUGUGCUUGCUCAUCAAUGUCAAAACAUCCCUUCUUUCCAUCCUGAACCUGCCCCGCCGUCCGAGCAGUUCGCUCCCUUUUAUGGGUAUCAACCUCCUCAUACUUCCUGGGAGACGGCGUUGAUAUCAUCAGAGGCCCUUAUCGGUCAGCAGCACAACACAUGGUCGCCUCUAGAAAGUUUCGAGACUGCGACCAUCAGCACUGCGUCUUCUGGGUCUAAUACCUUGGACCCUGAGGCUAUGUCCACAGCUGACAGUAUGCCCGCAUACCACCCGCUACAGGACCUCAAUCUGAGCCCUUUGCACUAUGCCGUUCUAGAUAACGACAUUAGACGCGCAGAAACUCUUCUAAAAGCGGCGCACGCUAACCCUAACUGUGUGGCCCGCGGUGGUACCAGACCUCUCCAUUAUGCUGCGUUCCAGCGCAACACUGAGAUGGUUCGCCUGCUGCUCAGCCACGGCGCAAACUAUGCGGCUAAGACUGAUCAGGAUCGCUCCGUCCUUUUCUUCGCUGUGCGGUGCCCCAACAUCAACGACGUCGACAUGCUGCCUUAUGUCUACCGCGGUUUCCCAAAAGAUGUCUUCACCGACGAUGCCACAAUGGCUGUCAUCGAUGCUCUCUAUGAGGACCCUGCAUCGUGGACACCCAGGCGCCGCGAUAUCAAGAUGGGGGAUAGAAACGGCGUGACACCGUUGAUGCUGGCCGCAGAAAACGGUUUUAUCAAAGCCUCCCGGAUGUUUCUCCAGCUCGGAGCCAAGCCCGACGCGCGCGACCAUGCUGGACACACAGCGAUCAAAUAUGCUGCCAAGUACGCUGCCGCAGCCAGGCGCCGCGACAUCAUUCAGUUACUGCUGAAGACCGAUCCGGCCGUACCUUCUGACAUCCAUCACAUGUUGGAGCUUGUACGGAGAAACGUCAGUCUACCCGAUGUGUCACAGGCGGGAAAUAUGUCGUGGGAUCUUGAAGGGAUCCUUGUCGCCGAGGAGGUGGUACGCAUGUGCUCAGAGAAGGAUGUCCUCUGGAAGCUGGAGCAGGUAGCUGAGGAAAAGAGGAAUGGGGCGUUGGUGAAAUUGCUCUACCAUGUGAAGACGAAGUUGAGGUUGGAGGAGGGUCAGGUGAGAAGGCCGGGUGUGGUUAGGGGAUGA